AUGUCUGCCCUUCCAUGGCUAACUCUCUCCACCAUCAUCUGGCUCCAAGCCAUUGCCGGCACCAACACAGACUUCCCAGCCUACUCCUCUGAGCUCAAGUCUCGCCUCCACAUAACCCAAUUCAAACUCAAUAACCUCGCCGUCGCCUCCGACGCAGGCAAGCUCCUCGGCUGGUGCGCCGGGCUCGCCGCCAAACGCCUGCCGCUAUGGGCGGUGCCGGCCAUCGGAGCCGCGCUUGGUGCCGUGGGCUACGGAGUGCAAUUCCUUUUCUUCUGCCGCAAAAUCACAUCUCUCUCCUACACACAAUUCUUUUUCCUCAACGUGCUGAAUGGCAACAGCAUCUGUUGGUUAAAUGUGACGGGUUACAGAUCCGUUAUGCGACAGUUUUUGAGAAAGGAUCACGGCGCCGUUAUCGCGCUAACGACGAGUUACAUGGGCUUGACGGUGAAUAUCUACUUAGCUUUGGCUCAGGUCAUUGUUGGGAGAAAGAAUGCGGUGAGCGAUAAGAGUGUAUAUUUGUUGCUUAAUGCGGUGACGCCGGCGGCGGUUGCGUUGUUGGUUAUGCCGACGGUUGCAGCGAUGAGGGAGAAGCCGAGGGAUGUGAAGGCCGGUCUUGUGAUAAUGUUUGUUAUUGCAGGGGUGACUGGGGCGUAUGCGGUGGUUGACACGAUGGUUCCGGCUGUGAGGAGGUCAUCGGGCAUAUGGCCGGCGACGGUUUUGUUGGUGAUGGUGGCGGUGGUGAUAGUGGUGCCGGUUUGGAAGGUGGGGGAGUGGGUAAUCGGAAGGGGAAGAGAGGAGGAGAGGGAUGGUGGAGAUGUAGAAGGAGGCGGGAAGAAGGCGGAGGAGACGGCGGUGGAGGCGUACAAGAUAUCCAACACUGGCGCCAUAGCUGUCUUGAUGGUUUUCAUGUCCGUUUCAUUCUUUCUUCUCCUCAGCUCUCGCAAUGCCUGCCUCUUCGUGAGCACAGCCAUCAUCGGCCUCGGCUCCGGCGCCAUAUCCUCCAUUGCUGUCUCAGUUUCCUCCGAGCUCUUCGGCCAAGAAAACUUCAGCGUGAACCAUAACAUUGUUAUUUCAAAUAUUCCAAUUGGUUCUUUCCUGUUUGGCUCCAUUGCUGCUCUCAUCUACGAUAAGGGAGGGGUUGAGGGAGGUAGAGGAGAUAGAUUGUGCUUUGGAAUGGAGUGUUAUAGCAAAACAUUUAUCAUUUGGGGGUGUAUUUGUUCUUUUGGGACGAUACUAAGUUUUGUUUUGUAUUCUCGAACAAGAAAUAGCUUUGUAAGUCGCCGUAGAUAGUUAAUUUCUGUAAUUCGUCGUUUAACCAUUUUUUUUUUUGUUAUACCGGUAAGAGUUUGGCUUACAUCCACACAUUCUGAUAUUAAUUAAUAUUAGAUGUAGUAAUUACUUCGUAAAACUAUGAGGCAAUGAUGCAUAAAUAUAAAUAUGGGGACAUAGAUAUAUGGGCGGAUCCCCACUCAUGCAAGGGGCGAAUUAUUACGUCCGGUCACCACCGGACGUUCGGAUAUCCAAUUCAGACGUGCCACGUCACCCAAAUACAUUGGACCCGGUGUAUUUGGGUGAUGUGACGUAUCUGGAUUGGUGUCGGGACGAAUAUGGAAAUCGGACGUAAUAAUUUGCCCAUGUGAGAGCGGGCAUUUGCCCUAAUAUGCCCCCAAAAAAAAUUGUAUAAGAGGGGUAAUUUUGAAAUUAUGCUCCCCACCCCACGAAAUUUUUUUUUUGCCCUAUCAUAUAUGACCAUCUAGCAUUGUUUGCCCAUCUAUACGAAGUUCUGAAUAUUUCAUCUUCGCAAAUAAACGAUAAAAAUUUCCUCUUAUAAAAUUGAUAGCAUUAAGUUGGUUAAUUUUUUUAAUUAUUUUAUUAUUAUUACUAUUUCAUGUUAUUAUUAUUAUUUUAUUAUUAUUUUCAUCUAAUUAAUGGAGAUUGGUUUAAUUUGAUGGACAUUGCAUUCUCUGAUGAGGAAAAAAAUGAGAAACAUGCAAUAAUGUAUUUUUCCUCUUUUCCACAUAUAUAUUUUUAAAUUUGUACGCAGGAGGUGUAUAAGAAGAAAUUUUUUGAAAUGUUGUAUGUUCCUUAUACACAACCUGUGUAUUAUAUAUAAAACGUUUAGAUACACAGUGCUCAAGAAUUUUUGUGGUGUGUUUCCUUUUUUCAAUAUUUUUUUUUGUUGUACACGAAGUGUGUAUAGUAGAAUUUUUGUUUGGAAUUUCGUAUGCUCCUUAUACACACAUUAUGUAUUGCAUGUUAAACAUUUAGAUACGCUGUGUUCAAUAAUUUUUUUUUAUGUUAUCCACUUUUCAAUGCUUUAUGCAUGUACACAGGGUGUGUAUAAAAAUAUAUUUUUUGGAAUGUGGUAUGCUUCUUAUACACAUCUUGUGUAUUGCAUGUUAACUGCAUACAUACGCUAUGCUUAAGGAUUUAUAUGAUGUUUUUCCUCUUUUCAAUAUUUGCUGAUCAUGAAAAGCCACUAAUAUGAUUUAAUAUCAUGCCACUAUAUGGCUCAGAUGUCAAGUCUUUCUUUUUCAAACUUGUGAACAUGCGGCCUGCAUAUAUAUCUUUCCCAUAGGUGCAUUGAAUAUUACCCUCUUUUGCAUCAAAAUGAACAAUCCAUCGGAUCGACUAGUUCUUAUUCUCUUUAAAACAGGAAAGCAUUGAGCACAUUGUAUGAUUGUAUCUCCCUUAACAAAUAUUGAAAAUGUGAAAAAAAACACCAUAGAAACCCUUGAGCACAUUUUAUCUACACAUUUAAUAUGCAAUACAUUGGAUGUGUAUAAGGAGCAUAUGACAUUCUAAAAAAAAGUUUCCUCAUACAUACCCUAUGUCCAAUAGAAAAAAAAUAUUAAAAAUAGGAAACACACCAUAGAAAUCCUUGAGCACAUUGUAUCUAAAUGUUU